AUGCCGCUGGCGGUGCAGGAUGGAUUGUACGUGGCGCUGGAGCUGGCCAUCGCCGUGCUGUCGGUGGCGGGCAACGUGCUGGUGUGCGCCGCGGUGGGUACGUCGAGUGCGCUGCAGACACCCACCAACUACUUCCUGGUGUCCUUGGCGGCGGCCGACGUGGCCGUGGGACUGUUCGCUAUCCCCUUUGCCAUCACCAUCAGCUUGGGCUUCUGCACUGACUUUUAUAGCUGCCUUUUCCUCGCCUGUUUCGUGCUAGUGCUCACGCAGAGCUCCAUCUUUAGCCUCCUGGCCGUGGCUGUCGACAGGUACCUGGCCAUCUGCGUCCCGCUCAGGUAUAAGAGUUUGGUCACUGGGACCUGGGCAAGAGGGGUCAUUGCUGUCCUCUGGGUCCUUGCCUUUGGCAUUGGAUUGACUCCUUUCCUGGGAUGGAACAGCAAAGACAGUGCCACCAACUGCACCGAGCCCUUGGAUGGAACUAUGAAUGAAAGCUGCUGCCAUGUGAAGUGUCUCUUUGAGAAUGUGGUCCCCAUGAGCUACAUGGUCUAUUUCAAUUUCUUUGGAUGUGUUCUACCCCCACUGCUCAUCAUGCUAGUGAUCUACAUCAAGAUCUUCAUGGUGGCCUGCAAGCAGAUGCAGCGCACUGAGCUGAUGGACCACUCGAGGACCACCCUUCAACGGGAGAUCCACGCAGCCAAAUCCCUAGCCAUGAUUGUGGGAAUUUUUGCUUUAUGCUGGUUACCAGUACAUGCUAUCAACUGUGUCUCUCUCUUUCAGCCAGCUCAAGCUAAGUACAGGUCCCAGUGGACAAUGAACAUGGCCAUUCUCCUAUCACAUGCAAACUCAGUUGUUAAUCCCAUUGUCUAUGCCUACCGGAACCGAGACUUCCGUUACACUUUUCACAAAAUCAUCUCCCGGUAUAUUCUCUGCCAGACAGAUGCCCUUAAGAGUGGGAAUGGACAGGCAGGGGGCACAAUGGGCUCCUGAUGCGGCCCUGUGA